UGACAAUCGAGGAGGCGAAGGGUGAGGCAGGCCAGGCGUGUUGGCUGGUCCUGCUGGCUCGGAUGUAGGCAGUCCAGCAGGCUUCACACACCACCACUACCACUACCCUCACCUACCACCUGACACCACCCGCAAUGAGAACCAGCAUAGUUAAUCUCCCGCUGUUUGUGAUCUGGUGUUUGUAACAUCAUUCAUUACCUGUCAUUCAGUGUGAGCCUUGGGCCACACAUCACCUCUCGAUCAAUGCCUUGACAACUACUGUAGUGUAUCUCUGGGAAAGUUUUAUAAGGCCGCAGAUAUUUCGAACCUGAUGCAUCAUGUGUGAAUGAAGAACUAAACCAUAAUGAAAGGUGCUGGAGGCAUGGCUGACCCAAUGUUCGUAGCACAACGCAGCAACAACCAGCUGUCUCUCAACAUCAGUGACGUUAUUGACAUCAUUGGGCAGGAUGCUCCAGAGUGUGCUGCCUCUGACAUGUCAGUGUACGGUGGUCUGCAGAUGGGAGGUGGUGGAGCUGGGACAGCCAGUGAAGCAAACUUUUCUGCCAUCACAAGUCUUUCCAGGACAGAUCCUGACCUGGAAAGUAAAAGGAAAGCUUAUGUACGACUCAUAGAGCAGCCCCAGCCUAAAGCCUUGCGCUUCAGGUAUAUCUGUGAAGGCCGCUCAGCGGGGUCCAUCCCAGGAGUCAACAGUACCGCAGAGAAUAAGACCUACCCAGCCAUUCAGGUGAUGGGGUACAAAGGUCCUGCUGUGGUAGUGGUGUCAUGUGUGACCGUCGAUCCCCCGUACCGUCCUCAUCCCCACAACCUGGUGGGGAAGGAGGGCUGCAAGAAGGGUGUUUGCACGAUGACUAUCAACAACGACUCAAUGCAGUGUGUGUUCAGUAACCUUGGCAUUCAGUGUGUCAAAAAGCGGGAUGUGGAGGAUGCACUCAAACUGAGGGAAGAAAUCAGAGUUGAUCCUUUCCAGACUGGUUUCAGUCACAGAAGUCAACCUCAGAGCAUAGAUCUCAAUGCCCUGCGACUUUGCUUUCAAGUGUUCCUUGAAGGUCCAGAGAAGGGAAAGUUCACGUUUCCUCUGAAGCCUGUUGUGUCCCAUGCUAUAUAUGACAAAAAAGCCACCUCUGAUCUUAUCAUCUGCAAACUGAGUGACUGCACCAGUAGUGUGGCAGGAGGGAAGGAGAUUAUAUUACUCUGUGAUAAGGUCACUAAAGAGGACAUCCAUGUGCGCUUCUAUGAGGUGAAGGACGGCAUGAUUGAGUGGGAAGGCUUUGGUGACUUCCAGGCCUCCGAUGUUCACAAACAAGUGGCCAUUUCCUUCAAGACUCCACGAUACAAAUCGCUUGAGGUGGAGAACCCUGUGAAGGUGUACGUGCAGCUGUUGCGACCCUCGGACAAGAGCACCAGUGAGCCUCGCCCCUUCCAGUACCUGCCCCUCGACUCAGAUCCUCAGUACCUCAAAAGGAAAAUGGCAAAGUACGGCAAUGCUUCAAACACUGACAAGAUUGGCAGGUUUAUAGCAGAAAACAUGGCUGGAGCAGCAGCGGCGGCGGCGGGAGUGUAUGCAGAGAGAACCAUGGUGCCCAUCAGCCAGGCAUCGGGAGCUGUGCCUCGACCCAUAAGAGUUGCUUCACGCACCUCCAGAUUGUCGGACAAGAUAAAGAUGGAACCUCCUGACAUGGUGGGAUCACCAGUUUCCCCUGGAAGCCAAGGGUCUCCAGCUCCACCUGGUGCUCUUCACCUGGUGAAGGCUCCCGUCUCACCCCAACACCACUACACUGGAGGAACUAUGCAUACUGUGUCCCCUCAGGGUCCCAGCCCUGUAGGCCAGCCUGUGUAUUACACUCAGCCAUCUACCACGCAUGGAGGCAGCCUGGGGGUUGCCCUAGGAUCCACUCCAUCCACAGUGGCACCCCGGGUUCCUUCCCCCCACCAGUACUACAUGAGUCCCGGUGCUCCGUCACCCUAUCCACCAGAGGUCCCAAUGGGUGCAGUGGCUGUGUCAAGUGGCUACACUCCAAUGAUGGUGCCACACUCCAAUCCAGCCAUGUCGCAGCUCCUUGACCUGGACUCGCGGAGAUGUAUUGAGCAGAACUCCCUUGAUUUGGAUAACAUCAAUUCUGCAGAACUGCGAUCCCUCUUGCCGAAUGAAGACUUCAAUGCGUCCAUGGUUGAUGCACACUUGUCUGAGAAUCUCUCGUCCAACCUCAACAUAAUAGACCCUCCUCACUCCAUUAAUAAGCUCAACAGCAAGGGUAACAUUAGUGCAUCUUCAUCCUACAUGCCCAACAUUCCCCAAAAAAAUGAGUUUCAGGGUGGCUCAGAUAGCUUGAAUAACUUAAAAAGUGAGAUUGAACUCUUGAAUCAACUGUCCUCGGUACAAUGACAUCUUGGAAAGUUGCAAAAGUGUGUUGAGUGCAAAUAAAUGAUGCAGAAAUAUUUAAUUCUAUACUAUAUUGGAAAUUUUUCUUUCCAUGUAUACAAAUUUGUGUGAUAAGUCACACGUAGCAGUACCUGCGUCUUAGAUGAGUGACAAGAAAGUAACAAACUAUUAAUUUGACAGGUCAUAAUGUGCUGAAACAAAGACAACCAGCCUAUCUUUAGAAUGGGUGGUAAAUAAGGUACUGUACCUAUGUAUUUAUUAAUAAUACUACUUAAAAAAAAAACUUGUGUAAGAGUGGAUGGCAGGAUGUGCAAAUACAAUGAUAGAAUAACUUUCCUUGCCUAGAUUACUCAGUGAUGUCAUGGCAAAUAUUAAUAGCUUGUACUGUACAUACAUAAUCCUGGCAGGAUCAUGUAAUACUGUUCCUGACAGUACCUGAUAUUAGAGACUGGCACUAGUCUGACUCCAGACCCAAUACAGCAUGCUUAAUUUAGUAGUGAAUUACUAUAUUGUCACUGACUGUAACCUGCAUCAGGUGUCAUUUCUCAUGCAGUUUUACAGAAGCUACCUUUUCUAUUUCAGUCUUGCAUAUUAAUUUUGUACAGCUUGUUAUUCAUACAAGUCCAGUUUCUUCAACAUUGCAUCUGGUUACUCUUUUGUUAAGUUUUCUUUGGAUAUAUGAAAGUGUUUAUAUUUUAUGAAGAUGUUUAAAUAUAAAGUGAUAUAUAAUCUUAAAGUUCAUGAAGAUGCAUGCUAAUUUUGGCAGAGCUUAUCUUUAAAGUUUACUUUACUUCUGUGAUGAGAUAUGGUAGAAUAUGUGCAUUUUAUAUAUAUAUAUAUAUAUAUAUAUAUAUAUAUAUAUAUAUAUAUAUAUAUAUAUAUAUAUAUAUAUAUAUAUAUAUAUAUAUAUAUAACUCUUAUUAUUUUUAUAUUUUUUUAAUUAUCUAACUGUUUAAGUUUGACAAUACAUUUAAAAGUUAAACUACCAAAUAAAAUGUAUAUGGCCACAUCACUACUUCAAUGUUUAGUGUAUUGAAGAAAAAAAUAUAACUGACAAAUAAUUCUCUCUCUCUCUCUCUCUCUCUCUCUCUCUCUCUCUCUCUCUCUCUCUCUCUCUCUCUCUCUCUCUCUCUCUCUC